CACAGGGAGUAUGGGUGGGCACACAGAAGUGUGUGUGUGUGUGCGUGUGUGUGCUUGCAUGUUUGUGUGUUCAGGUGUGAGUGCGAGCUCAGAGGGAAGUCAGCACCCGGACAGUGUGCUAGGCGAGAGCAGGCCAGAGCUCUCCGAUGGGGCCCUGACUAGGGCCAAAGCACUGAGGGGGGGUCCUCAGAUGAAUGAUUAAAAACCUUAGAAGAAAAGAAAAUAACUACAAAAAAGAAGAAAAGAUAAAAAAGAAGAUCCAGAGAGAAGAACAAUGGUUGUAGAGGAAGUGAUAAUUACAUUGUCUGGUGGAGCGCCAUGGGGGUUUCGUCUCCAGGGAGGCGUGGAACACCAGAAACCACUCCAGGUAGCGAAGGUGCGCAAACGCAGCAAGGCAUGCAGGGCUGGGCUGCGGGAGGCUGAUGAGCUGGUCUCCAUCAAUGAGCAGCCAUGUGCAACGCUCUCCCAUGCCCAGGCCAUGAACCUCAUCGACAGUUCCCCUGGGAUAUUACACAUCCGGGUCAAAAGGGCACCUGCUGGUUUUCAGUCUGUGGUGCUUGUGACCCGAGCUCCAUCUCCCCGAAUAGACAAAGAGUACCGUGCUGCUCUGCGAGCUAUGUCACCAAAUCACCCUCACCAUGCACCUGUCCGUGAAGUCCAUCGUAGCCGCUCCACCCUAACCAGCGGCUUGACAUCGCCACCUGGGAGCGAGGCUUACUAUGGCGAGACUGAUAGUGAUGCAGAUGUGGCAGGCUACGAGAGACAACGCAGGCAGAAACGCCGAAGCCCCAGCAACUCCAACCCUGGGAAACCCACAGGACGAACCUCUCCUGAGGGUGGGGAGACAUCAGAAAUGAGUGGCUAUGACAGCGCUCCAGAUGCACAUGUUUACCCCCGUUUAUUGGAUGGUGGCGAGGGAAAUGGAGGAGGAGGUCUGCCAGGGGUGGCUAGAAGGGAAGUGAUUUACCAACCUCCUGGUCCCGGAAUGUGGUCUUCCCAGACAUCGACAGAGACUUCCUCUAUCAUAUCCUCAGCAGAUGACCAAGGGCCACGGGAUGCAGGGCAAGAGGAGGAUAGUGGCUUUUUAGAGCCUGCCAAUGUGCCACUGGUAUCUCCUGAGAGGGCAAAGGAGGCUCUGAUGCUUGGCUCCCGUAACCAGCUCGUGCCCAUGGUGGGGCCUGUAAAUAAACCCAUCGAUGAUGAGCUUACAACAACCUACAUGGAAAAGGCCAAGCAAGCCAAACUGAACAGAGGGGAUACACAGCAAGACAAACAAGUAAAGGAAGCCAAAAGCAAGUGUAGAACAAUCGCCUCUCUUCUGACAGAUGCUCCUAAUCCUCACUCAAAAGGUGUGCUAAUGUUCAAGAAGAGAAGGCAGCGCUCCAAGAAGUACACACUCACUAGCUUUGGCAGUGUUGAUGAGGACAGGUGUCAGGACUCACAAGAGGAGGAUGGGGUACUUCCUGGCAGUGAAUCUGAGUUUGAUGAGGAAGGUUUUUCAUCAGUUCCUGACCCGACUUGGGACAGUGACUAUCUGGAUAUGCUGGAAAAGAGGGCAACAGCAGGUACUGAAGGUCGUGGGGAUGGGGCAGAGGAUGCUCCGAGUCCAGGUUUGAGUGACACUGUGGGCAAGGGUGCCCAGUUAUUUGAGCAACAGAGAAAAAGGGUUGCUGAGCAUGCCAAGAAGGCAGAAGCAGCAAAACCUCAAGUACCUCCACAAUCCCAAGUCCAUGAGGAACCUCAGAUACUCCAGAUGUUUCAGUCACAACAAGAAGUAGAGCCACAAGUAGAAAUGAACUUACAACCUCAGCACAUAACACUACCUGGAACUAUAUCCACACAACCAAUCCUAUCACAAGCCCCAGGUCCAGUUCCUGUUGCAUCCCGUGGAAUGACUAAUGGAGACCUAAUCUACUCUGCAGUCAGCACAGCUAGCAUGGAGGAGUCAUCUCCACCAGUGGCACCCAAACCAGCUACUGCCUCAGUUACCAUUCUGACCAGUCCUGGUCAACCAGCCGAAACACCAUUGCCAGAACUACCUGUGAGUAAUGUUCUCAACAGGACAGCACGUCCUUUUACCCCUGGCUUUAUCAGCAUUCGGGCUGCAACUGCCCCUGUGACGUUCCGGCCACCUGUCACAAAGACAACCCAGCGUCCUGCCUCAACAGCUGUUGUGCCGCCACCAUUUUCCACUACAUAUGAACUAGACAUUAACAAUACAGCAGGAACUUCACAGCUAUCCCCUGGUACUUCAUCAGUGAUCUUGCCACAAACUUCCAUACUUCAAAGUUCCUUGGUCUCAAAGCCAGAAGCUCCUGUUACCUAUCACCCUCCAUCCCUUUCUACUUGUGUGCAGUCAACACCACCAAUUACUACUGCUCAGCAGGCUCCAUUUCCAAUUGUGACUCCAGCCUCUAUUCCAUCAGUACCACCAGCACCACAUGUACCAGUGAUUCUAGCCCCUGGUCCACCUACAUCCCAAAUUCCUGUGUCAGCUGACCAAGUUAUCCCAGUGUCUCCACUUCAAACACCAGUUGCUCAGCUACCACUGCAAUCUUCAAUUGCACCUUUUUCUCAAGUGUCAGUGGUCUCCCAGUCUGAAACUGUAGCACCAACCCCAGUUCCUGGUUCAACAGGUCGCACAGGAAUCUUGCUUGAGGCUCGAAGGCGUAGUGGGAAACUCAAACCAAUGUUCAAUGUGCCAGAUGUUAAAAAGAAAUCUCCCAAUCCUGAACUGUUGUCUAUGGUGCAGAAUCUGGAUGACAGAUCCAGCCGACACAACUAUGGCCAACCACCCGACGAGAAUAUCUAUGAUGAUUCUGAGGAAAUUAGAAGUGAUGAGGCUGGCAUAGGAAAGGUGCCUCCUCCAGUGGCACCCAAGCCACGAGUUGUUCACGAAGCUCCACAGAUUCUCCAAGCAGGAGGUAAGGGGGCCCAACUGUUUGCCAAAAGGCAGAGCCGUAUGGGUAUGUAUGUAGUGGACACUCCACCCGAGACUACUUACCAGAAGGAAGGGACAAUGCACAGUGCAGCACAACCCCUUGGUUCCUCCCUCAAUCCUUCACUUCCUUCUCAAUGGAAAUACUCCCCAAAUGUCCGUGCACCGCCCCCAAUUGGGUACAACCCACUUUUGGCCCCAUCUAUCCCUACUGGGCCUCAGAGAGAAACCAACAAGCCAGACAACAGGGGUAGAGGGAGCUCUCCAAGAGAGGGCAUCAAAGCACUAGAUUUCAUGAGAAGGCAACCCUAUCAGCUCAAUUCUGCCAUGUUUAACUAUGGGGGCAGUGCUAUUAAUCUAGCAGCUAUGCCUUCUUACCAAGCCCAGCAGCGUGACUACAUACCACCAAUGGUGGGAAGCUCCUUGACUUCACCAAGGCAGAUCCCCGUCAAAACAGCCCGUGUCUAUGAGGUCAAGCGAUUCUCCACACCUACACCUAUGUCUGGUCCAUCUCUCGCUCCUAAAGUCCUCGCACCACGCUCAGCCACUUGCCUUGGAGAACGUUUGACUCACUCUGGCAUGACCUCCCCACCUCCUGAAACCUUCACUCCAACUCCAGUCUCUGCCUUGACAACAGCACCAGACAGUAUACCAACCCCAGCUGCACCUCUGUCCCAACCAACUGGACCACCCAACCUUCCAAAAUUUUCUGCCACUCCCAUUCCAAACCCAGUGCCCCCUGCAGUCCCAACACCUUAUGCUCCAGUGUCAUAUACCACUGGGCUCCAGUCAGCCAAACAGUUUCAGAGUGCUCCUGAGCUCAGCAUCCUUGCCUCUCUGCCUCCACUCAAGUCCAACCCAGUACAGGCACCUAAACCACGAUUUGUGGCCACCAAGGGAGGUGUUCAGCCCCGUGUCUGGAGGCCAGGGGCAAUCUGAGGGCAAUGAAGCAGUCAGUACCGUGCUUGGACAUCUUCAUAUUCAUGAAAAGGCUAAUUAAUCAUGGACAGAAAUAUAUCUGACAAUUUUGUUAAUUGGUUGAUAGAAAAAACAUGGAGUUAAAGAUGUUUUAUGCUUUGGGAAACUGAUGGGCAAAGAUCAGGACUCAUCUGCAAAAAUUAGCUGAUGAAGUAACAUAAAAUGGCAAUUGAGUAUGAAAUUGAAAUAUAAAAAACAGGUGAGUUAAGUUAAAUGAGAACAAAAUAUAUAUAUAUUUUUUUGCUCAAAAUGCUGCUUAUCACAUUUAUUUUGCUACUAACAGAUUAAAUGAGUCACACUAGUUUUAAACGAUAUUGCCAUACACUGUAUAGCCCACCAUAUGCCUGUCCUGGGGGAGGUUUGUGUAAGGCUUCUGGAGAUCUCUUCUACUAAUUUAGCGGAAAACCCAUCUAAACAGAGCCUGUACUGAAUUAUUCUUUGAAACUUGAAAUGUCUGAAAAGUGAACCAUGAAUGAACGAAUGCCAUUAUGAGCAAAGCUCAAACCACUAAAAAUAUAUGUUGUGUGAUGUAGACUGGAGUAGGUGGAUCUUAUAACAUGUAAUUCACAGUACUCGCCCUAUUCAGUCAUGUACACUCUUUUUUUUUCUGGGUGUUUAAAUGAUGCUGUUUUUUAAACACCUCAGCUCACUAGAGUCUAUAAGUGAAGGCAAGGUUUGCUCUUGCAACGAGUCAGAUACCUCCACUCACUAUAACUAGAGAGAAAUGCUAUCUUUUUAGCCCAUGUCACAUACAACAAGUGCCUGGGCUGUCACUGAAUGAACACUUGUUACUGGAUAUCACUGCUUCUAUUUACUACCUAGACACACCAGAGUCUCCUUAGAAUCAGCGUGCACUUUGCAACUAUAUGUAAAUUCGUAACUUUUAUUAAACAAAUAACACAGAUGAAGAAAUGUGUAUUUUGUUUUGUAAAGUUGUAAUUUAUUCAGAGGGAAUGCAUGGGGAAGUAGAUAGACAGAGAAGCACUGGCCCUUCUGAAAGGGUUUAUGAAAAGAGAGCGGCUGUGGAACGAGGACAUAUUUAGGAGUAAUGGGGUCACAGUUCUGGUGUUGCCAUUUCACUGAAGUGGUCACAAUCAAAGUCAGACUUCUGUCUGUUGGUUUGAUACCUCACAGCCUCUAGAAAUUAAAUUAGAAUGACCAGGAAAGUUUGAGCCAUGAAGUUUGUUGGACAGAAGCACAGAGGUUUAGCUGUUGUGUUCUAAAUAACAAUGGGUGCUGUUAAAAAGUAAGGAGAAAUAUGUUUGAUGAAUAUGUGCUUCCAAAGACUGAAUAUGCUAAAGGAACGAGUAAGAAACACAGAAAGACUGUUGUGUUAUAUUUGUGGUACUCUUGGUUGAUUUUUUUUUUUUGAUUUUUUACCCUUUUUAAAAUACAGUUUCUCUUCAAGUUUGUUCUUGUUUUCAUUAUGUCAUUAGAAAACUAGAUCUUAGAUAUAGAUAUGCUGAGGUGUACAGUGUGAGUUCCUGAAAGUACAUGGAUUAAAUAAUGAGUGUGAAAAAUGUUUGUUAUUAAUGCUGAGUAGAAGUUUAUACUGACAGAUGACAAGGUAUUUUUAGAGGAAUAAAAUUAGACUUCAAGGCUCUCCAGCUGUCUGACAUGUCUGAUUUUAUAGUGCCCUCUGUUGGUUAGUCUUUUAAUGUAUGACAAAAAGCAUGCAAAAAUGCAACUUGUAACUGAACAAUGAAGUAAAUGUAACUGUAUAGUAGUUUAAACAUUAAAAAAGGAUUAAAAGAUAAAAAUAAUUACCAGUGCAGAGUUUUUUUUUAAACUUCAGACUAAUUUUAUAAAUUUUGUAGCUCGUUAAUAAAAAUAGUAACUCAGAUAAUAUAAUAGAAUAUGAAUUAUAUUUUCACAUAAGGAACCUAUUGGGUCAUUUUAUGAAAAAAAUCAGUAACUGUGUCUAGCUUGAUUAGAAUCAGCUCAUUUUUGUUUGUACAACAACUUUAUCACAUUUAAUAAAGCCAUGAAAAAUUCUACCUUCAAUUAAUAUUUUGUGAGUUCUUAAAGUAUAGAUAAAGAUCAAAAUUCUAACAUUGGAGCUAGCCACAUUAAAUUUUCAGGGCUGGAAAAUACAUUUAAGUAUUGUUAAAAUUUGUAGGUAGAUCAAAUGCACAACCACACCAAAUGUCACAAUUUAAAGCCAAAGUGUAAUUUCUUUCCUUUUUUCUAUAAACAGCUCUGAGGAUCUAUAUUAUGGGAUAUAUCCUAGAGUAGCAAAACUCCAUCAAUUUAAUGUGACAGACUAACAGACAUGAGCAUUGAAACCUUGGAUGUUUCAUCCUAUAUUUCACAGGAGGAAAGUUCAAAAACUACAGUAUGGGGUAAAUUUUUAAGUAUCAUAUCAUCAUAUUGGAGAGAUACCUGGUCAGUACAAUUUAUAGCAUACACAAUGUCCUUUUUUGUAUUUUCUAAUGUUUUUUUUCUCAUUUUAAACACAAAUGUUGAAGCGGUUGUUUGAGAUUGAGUUAGCUUCUUUUUGACAUAUUUCUUAGUGCUAAAUUGUAAAGGUUCAGUGUUCAUUAGUUCUGCAGUUCCAAGAGUCAUCUUUUUUACUAAUCUUUGUCUUACUUUCUUACUUUUCAGUAAAGACUGUAGGAGUGAGCUAAAUCUGGACAAUGGGCGGGGGUGGUUUGGUGUAUAAAAAAAAUAUAUACUAUUUUCACUUUUUUUCUGUUAGUAAGAUUAAAAAUUAAUACUAGAAAAGUGCAUUAUUGUUGGAAACUUGUUGUUUAAUGCCAUCUAUUCAUUUCCCAACACACAGAAUGUGUGAUUCUAUAUCUUGAACUAAAAAUGUAUAUUCAUGUAUAAAUUUUGACCAUAAUGUAAUGUAAUAAUGUUAUAUGGUU